AUGCCAGAUGACACGAAUGCGGCCGCUUCAAUAUGCGAAAGCAUUAUUCAGGGGACAUACCCUCAAUCAGAUGAUCUCUUGACCUCCGAACUCUCGACCCAGCUCAUUCCACCCCUUCUUAAAUAUAUCUCGGAAACACGACGCGAAAUCAGCGAUGAGAUCAGGACUACAAGUCAAGGAGAGGCUGACGAUGUCGAUCAAUGGAUUCUACAGGCAAAGAGGGCCCAAGAAGAUAUAGCCAGGUGCAGACUUGAGUCCCAGAAGAUAGUCGAGGAGCACGACCACUUGCGUACAUUACAAGAACAUACCACAGACUAUCAACGCAAGGUUGACCUUCUCGAAGCCGAGAUUGACUUUACCGAAAAACUCAAACAAGAACUUCAAUUUGUGUCCGUCGUCAGCCAGUCCCUGAAGGUGGUGGAGGACCUUGUGCUGCAAGAUGAUCUAUUUUCUGCGGCCGAGAAACUCCAUGAACUGGACAGCGAGGUGCACACGCUGACCAGGUCAAGAACAUCAGUCUUGAUUCGAGAUCUGAGAGAUGAAUUGCAGCUGAAGACACGUGUCAAACUGGAAGCCAGAUUGAAUUCCCAAAUUCAGAUACGAAGAGAUUCGACGUCAGUGUCCCUCAAAGUCCAACCUUCAGAAUUAGGAGGCUCUUCAGCCACUUCAGACUCCAUCUUGUCCGCCUUGCGACAAGUCGGUGAGCCCCAGGACGUGGUCGAAGCUCUCAUAGAGAAACUCAAGGUGUUUAUCUUACACCCCUUACGACCGUCUUCGCGAUUUAAACUUGCAACUUAUGAAAUGGAAGUACAAAGCAUCACAAUUCAACUCGGCGAAGUAAAUCCGUCCUUUGAUCUGGUCUUUAAAUUCGUUUCUGACUUGAUAACAUUUCUGCAUUCUUCUGUCUCAAAGACUAUCCGAGAGACUGCCGUGUCCACCAUUUUCCCGGAUCUCAUGUCACUACUCGUCACCGACUGGCUAACUCCAACUCUACCUGUUGAGCUUACUGAGCUGAGGCAGCUUGACCACAUACGACAGCACAUGCAUAGGAUCUUGGAGCAACUGAAGUCUCUUGGUUGGCAAGGUCAGGCUGAGUUGCAAAAUUGGGAUGAGUCGUUGAACCGUGUAUGGCUCAACAAGCGAAAAGCGACAAUCUUGGAUGCUGUUCGGAAAGGUCUUGCUUCAUCCAAAGGAGUCUUACGUAAGGUUGAACGAGUGGAAAAACAAGUUGUUCCCAUAAAAACACAUGAUGUUGAUGACUCGACCGACAACUGGGAUGCCAGCUGGGAUGAUGAGAAGAUUGAUCAGCUAGCAUCGUCUGAUGCAUCAAAGUCUGUGGAUGAUGAAGAUGCUAGUGGCUGGGGAUUCGAUGACGAAGAGGAGUCUGACGAGAAACCCGUAGAAGAGGAGAAAAGAACACCAACAGAGAAGGACGGGAAUGAAGUUGAAGACGCCUGGGGUUGGGACGAUGAAACUCCCGUUCAAAAGGAGUCAGACACGGCUAGCCACAACCUCGAAGCACAACCAAAUGGUGCACAAGAGACCAAACCUAUCGACAAAGAGCAGACGUUAAGCGAAUGGUAUAGCAUCAGUGAAGCACCCGAUCACAUGAUUGAUAUCAUUUCUCGUGAAUUCUCUGAUGCUCAAACACUGCAAGAAACUCAGCACACUUCUUUGAACACAACACUCCUCUCUCGAGGUCUUCUCGCCCUGCCGACUCUUGCACUCGCCAUGUUUCGUGCUACUGCUCCAAGUUAUUACGGUGCAUCACCAUCACUGACGGAUAUCCACCGUUAUAACGACUCCUUGUACAUUGCAGAGCGACUUCGCGAUAUCACCUCAGGCGGAACCAACGCGAACGGUGGCGUCUUUUCGCCAAACCUAGACGCGGACAUACAAGCGAUGGAGAAAUUUGCCCGCCUGGCAUAUUCCAAAGAGAUGGAAACCCAACGGCUCAUUGUCUGGGACCUCCUGGAAGGUGCCCAAGGGUUCACCUCAUGCACGCAAUUCCCAUACUCCCAGGAAAUUGAAAACGCCGUCUCAAGCGUUGUGGAUCGCAUUCGGGCACUCCACGCGGAGUGGCUCCCGAUCCUUGGAACCUCACACUUGAUGCAGAGCACGGGGACGAUCCUAGCAAUGGUGGUAGGCAAAGUGAUCUACGCGAUCGAGGACAUGGACGACAUCUCGGAACCCGAAUCUCAGCGCCUGACGGGCUUCUGCCAGCAGAUCGCCACGCUGGACGAUCUUUUCCCACACGAUGACAGCCUUACCGGCAAUCCUGUGUCCACCACGCCGGUCUAUGUCUCCAGCUGGUUCCGCUUCCAGUAUCUCAUCCAGAUUCUCGAGAGCUCACUUGUCGAUAUUCAAUAUCUGUGGACGGAGGGCGAGCUAAGCCUUGAAUUCAGCCAGAGGGAAGUCGUCAGUCUGAUUCAGGCAUUGUUUGCGGAAAGUCGCCAUCGGAGGGAGGCUAUCAAUGCUAUACUCGCGAAGAAAGGUCCUUGGGAUCAAUGA